AUUUGAUGCAAGUCUAAAAGUGAUUUCAAUUCUAUCAAACUUUCAACAUACUACAAAAACUAUGGAAUGGAUUAAAAAUAAUGAAUAAAACUAUAAAGAGUGCAUCAAUCCAUUUUAAGAGUCAAAUUAACCAAGACAUACAGUAAUAAAGCAAAGUGUUGAACAGAAUGGCAACACAGACAGGCGUAGUUCUGCCACAAAUACGGCGUUCACAUCACAAGAAUCAGUUUGAAAUUGUUGAACAAGAUUAUGAUGCCAUUCGAGUACAAAGUCCACGCCGUCAGACGGUCACAACAUUUGAAGAUGGAAGGAGCAUUGUUACCCCUAAAUCCGGGCGACUCCUGGCCCUGGAGGAUAAAGUUACCAGGGCCCUAGAACAGCAGUCCCAGGUCCUGACUCAGCAGGAACAGGUGGCCAAAGCCCUGAAUGACCAACAAAGAAUGACAGAAGGUCUCAUUCAGAAGGCAUUCGACAAUCGUGAGGACUUUAUAGAAAAUCUAAAUCGAGUACAGAAUGACCGACUGGAAGAAAACACAAGACAUCUGCUUCAGAACCACAUCAACUACAUCACAGCAAUAGUGUCACGACUUAACAAAGACAUAGCAACACUGGAAGAGGAGAUACAUAAUAGAGACAUGGCGGUGGUUGGGACAAACUCAGCUGUUGGGAAACUGGAGGUUCAUCAGGUGACCAUGUUGCAGGACCUACGUAGCAGAGUUGUUCGCUGUGAUCAGGCCCUUACAAAGCACAGCGCGGACAUAAGUAACUGUCGCAGUGAGAUUACCAAUACCAUGCGUGAACAGCAGACCAUGAAAGAGAAUCUGAAGGAACAUAUUCAUCGUGUGGAGGCAGAGAUGCUGACCAUGAUGGGAGAGCUGGAGAGAAUCCAUGGUGAACAAAACACAGAACUAAAUCACAUGAAGAAAGACACAAAUCGUGAACUAGCCCUGGUAGGGGAGAGAAAUAGUGUCAUACUGAAUGAUGUCAAAGCUACGCUGUCAGCCUUCAAACUGUCCAUUGAGAAUGAUCGGGAUCGAUUUGAGGAGAGGAUGAUGUCGCUGUUAGACAAGGCCACAGGCAACUGGAAAUCUCUCUUGGAGAAGGUUGAUAUACGUAUAGAAGAAAAUGUAUACAGUCUAGAUAUCCGCAUGCAGAAACUGGAGGAGGCAUUAGCAUAUGACAGACGAGUCAUCUCUGAUCUUCAGGCGAAAGUAGAGACACGAAUAGUUAACAGACUUGAGACUCAUACUCGACAUCAUCAAGAAGAACUGGCCAAAGCGAAGCGAGAAUUCAGGGAGGGUUUCACCUCAGUGCAUGACAGUAUAUCAAAUGCAAAGAGAGUGUUAGAGGGCAAACUGAAAUUACAGGAGGAUAAGCUUAAAAAAGAUAUUAGCCAAGUCCGAAAACUAGUGGUGCUUGCUUGAUAUUCUGUUCUUUCACAUUGUCAAAUGUACAUGUAUAAAUACUUGCCUACAUUUCUGAGAUUUGUCAUUAAUUCUUUGUUUGUAGCGAUUCAAUUUACAUAUAUAUUAAAUUAUAUUACAUUUCUUG